AUGUCGAUUUAUUGUGCCCAUAAUAACAUAAUUUGUGAGAGUGAUGGAUUCUUGGUAUCACACUUAUCAGAUACUAACUUAACUUUUGAUUCCUUCUCAAAACCAUCAAUAAUAAGUUGCAGAGUGAACCCUUUGGUUGUAUUGUCUAUAUUGGACUCUCACCUUAGGAGACAAUCUGGACACCAAUACGUAAUUGGAACACUUUUGGGAUAUAUCAAUGAGGGUGGAAAUGUUAUAGUAACAGAUUCAUUUGUAGAUAGACAUUCAUUUACAGAUGAUGGGAUGCUUUCAAUAAUGAUUGAUACUCAUGAAACCAUGUUUGAGUUAAAACAAAAGACAAAUUCUAGAUUGCAGGUUAUUGGAUGGUAUAGUACAUGCUCUGGUAUCAAUUCAGUAAGUUGUGCUGUCAAUAAUUGGUUUAAGACAGAUGUUGGAAGUUCAAAGUUUCAACAAACUCCUUUGUUAUCUGAUCCUAUUCAUAUAGUUGUGGAUCCCUCCUUUUCUAACGGUAAAUUGUCUAUUAAUGGGUAUAUUCAAGUUCAAUCAACAUGGACAAAUUCUAUAGUUUCUGUUUUUAGACCAAUUCCACUAGAUAUUGUUGCAAGUCCUUGUGAAAGGCUUCAUAUUUCAAGAAUAUUAAGGCCAUUACUUGAGAAACAUCAUUUGAAUGCAGUCGGUAUUCCUCCAAAAAGCCUUCCCAGGACUAUUCUUGGACCAGAAGACGAAAUAUGUACUGUUUUACCUUUGAAUAACUCUAACUAUAAUUUACAAUCUGGAGAUGUUUCUCAGUUAUUAACCAAGCUCAUACUUCUUGUUCAGAGAUGCCAGAACUAUGUAAAGAAAGUUCUUUCUGGAGAAGUUCCUAUGGAUCCUAUGAUUGGAAGACAAAUUGAUUAUGCAAUCCAUUCAAUUUAUGACUUUGAAUAUAAUAUCUAUAAUAUUAUUAAGAACAACUCUACUCAAGAUGCACUUAUUAUUGGAUGUCUCACAGAACUUACGAGAGUCCAGCUUUCCCUUUCAGAGAAACUUCAAUCAUUGAUCAUUACUUAA